GGUGUGCUGCGAUCGUUUCUAAACUCAUUUCGGAGUUCGGGCUCGGCGCUGGGACACCCUUAAGUCGAACCUAGUCUGUUCUUUUUGAUGAUCUCCUACUCAGCAAAGUUCUUGCUUUCCGGGAACCAUCGCUAUACGUGACUUUAUCGUCAACAAUACUUGAUAUCGGAAGUGGGGCCUCAGAUUACCCUAGCACCCAACACAUAUACUUGACCACAUCGAUACGAUUCCUCCGCUACUCCCAAACCUAAACAUCCCUCGCCUGUUAUAUUCUAAAUACUUUAUGACCACAUUGGGUAUUUUUCCGAUUUGUUUAUGCCCAGGCCAUUAGGUGCGACGGUGUUGAUUCUAAGUUGGUAUGAGAUGCAGGAAAUAGCUGGAACUCGCCAAAACAUCGUCAGGUACAUACAUGAGGGGUACGAUUAUCACAUUGAUACCACGUCCCCUUACAUAUAUCGAUGUGCCACUCGUAAAACUACGGGUUGUCGGGGUACCGCGCGAGUAGAUGCUGCGGGGGUGGUAACGGUCUACCGGCCGCACGAGGGGCACCAGCCCAAUCGCAAUAUUUUGGAAGAAGCCCGCAUGCGCCAGGAGAUGUUAGACUUGGCUCCUCCGAAGGAGAUUUUUGACGACGUGUGUCGAAGAAAUCCUGCAGUGGCGAUAAAUUUUUCGUUUGCGGUAAUAGAAAGUGCAAUACAACGCGUUCGCACAAAAUUGAGGCCGGCUACACGUGCGACCUUACGAGACCUUGGCGCGGUAUUGAUCGAUUACGCGCCAACUGAACAAUCGUAUCGAGGAGUCAUCGAAGCAACCGAUGGAUCCGUGGCGGUGAUGUUCGCGAGCGAGAAGAUGCUGCGAUGAUUGGGGAAUUCACCGGAAAUUUAUGUGGACAGAACGUUCAAGGUUGUCCCCAAUAGCCCGCCAAUCGCCCAACUGUACACGAUCCAUAUGCGCGUGAUGGAUACUGGACUAGCGGCUGUAUUCAUAUUGUGUAGUGCGAAGACAAGGGCACUAUGUACAGCUGUUUUUCGAAAAAUAUUGGAACUUGCACCCGAAAUCGAACAAAGUCUACGUUUCGCCAUGGGCGAUUAUGAACGCGCGGCUAUGAGCGCUCUGCGCGAAGUGUUUCCCGCGGUCAGCCUACAUGGGUGCUGGUUUUAUUUGGAAAAAUCAGGUUUAACUUCUGAAAAAAUUUACAAAAGAAAUUGACGCAGACAGGGUUUAUAAACUAUUAAUUACAAUUAAUUAAUAAUAUUAAAAAAUAAAAAUAAUGGUUUCAAAAGCGGGUUAUGUAUUUUUAUUUAUUUAUUCAUUAUUAU